AUGUUAAGUAGUAUCGUUCUAUUUUAUAUCCAUGCAAUGAGCGGGACUCGAACUCUAGGUUACCACUACACUAGCGGGCAAUAUCUUAACAAUGAAUCCCAGGUUACCAUGAUCAUCGGCGAGUGUCAAGCGCAUCAUCCGGAUGCCGAUAAUAGACAACCACCCUACGUUUCCAUCCUGAUUCUCGCUGGCGCGUAUGCAGUCACUUUUCGUUCGCUUCUGGGCGACGACAAAGGAAGGCUGCGUCGCGGAAUUUCGCAAGGUAUGUGGCUCUUUCCAACCACGAAUCUCAGCCACAUCCACAUACCACCCCAGUUAAAUCAAGCCAACACGACACCGAGCCAGCUAUCCACCACCAGCGCCCCCGCCAACGAGAUGAUUCCCCAUCCAAACCCCAACCCAUCUCCCAAGUCCACACGACAUUCUCCAUCGAUCGCGUGCACGAUCAGACGUCACAGCCCUCUUCAAGCGCCGGUGUGCACUCCGACCUUGCUUGUUCCCUCCCAACAAAACAACAUGAUCGUUUUUGCCAACGAGACGACUGUCAUUGCUCCUCUCGGUGGCUAUCAAUACGUUCCCGUUGAAACCGUCGAACCUGGCAAUGAUCGUUCUUUGGCAAGCUGGACUAACUGCCCCAACUUCGACAAACACAUUCGGGCUUUCAAUCAUAACCUCCGGCGACCCAUCUCACACGUUGCGUUCGACUGGUCCCUGGGCCCUCCAUAUACAAUUAUCGGACCUUCGUUAUUUUGCUUCGUAAUGGAGGGAAUGUUACAUGUUGUGCUCAGCUAA